CACGAACAUGAUCCGACCGACCGACGCCCUCUCAUGCCCGCCACUACGCACCACCGUCCACCCGCAAUGGUCAAUCCGCCAUUUCUUUUAAGCCCAGGAUGAUCUCAAGCAGCUCACCGUACCAAGCGAGGUCCGAGGUCGUCCAUCACAUACUCCCAGCUCCCGUAGCCGUCCGGCCAUGCAGUCCGGCGAGCAGGCGCCCGAGCCCGAGCCCGCCGCCGUGAGGGAAGCAGCAGCACCCCCGGUGGUAGUGGCGCCAGAGCCUACUGCCCUUGUCGGCGACGAGGCAGCCGAAGCGGCGGCGGGGGAGGCGCCACGCGUUCAUGAAGCAGAGGCCUCCUCGCCGGUGGAUGGAGGCGCCGGCGGUAAUAAGAGCCCGAGCCCGGCCCCGGUGUCGCCGUCCGCGGUGAAGGAGCGGCAGAUCCCCGUGGACCCGGCAUCGCUGCGCCGCCUGGGCAUGGUGGCGGACGAGGACUCGCCGCUCUCGGCGCCGUCCGUGCUCACGGAGGUGGUGGUGCGGUCGUCCCCGCUCCUGCCGCCGCUCCGCUGCCCCACGUUCGUCGGCGCCAGCCUACCGUGCUCCGCCACCUCCUCACCGGUGCGCGGCGCCGGCGGCGCCAAGUGGGAGCUGGAGCCGCAGCAGCCCGCUGCCGCCCACAGCCCGACCUCCGCGCUGCGCUCCCUCGCGCGGCAGCACUCCGCCGCGCUCGCCAGGCUCGUCGCCGCCGCGCCGUCCACGCUGUCGAGGUCCGCGUCGCGCGCCGAGGGGAGGACCAUGGCACGGCACGACGACGUGGAGCCCGGAACGCCGGAGAAGCUGCUCGCCGACGAGGACGGCUUCACGUGCGGCGCGCUGUGCAUGUUCAUCCCCGGCUUCUCCAGGAAGAAGCAGCCCGCCUUCGCCGCCGCCACCGCCGGCAGGGCCGUGUCGGGCAUGCAGAGGCAACCGUCGGGCUUGCGGCCUCGCCGCAGCAGCGCGUCACGGGUGGCGUCACUGGAGCGGUUCGAGUGCGGGUCGUGGAGCCCUCCUCCUCCGCCGCCGCCGCCGCCCGCGGCCGCGCGGCACGACGCGGCCGAGUGCCUCGCGACGGAGGUGGCCAAGACAAGCUGCGCCAACGCGGACGACGACGCGGAGGCGCCUGUCAAGAUGGCGUUUGUGUUCGACGGCGAGCCCCCCGCGGCAACGAGGGGGAUACUGAAGAACUCGGCGUCGUCGCGGCUGGAGUCGGCCAGGCCCUCAACGUCGUCGCAGCGACACGUGAGGUUCUCGACAGCGGUGGCGGCGGACGCUGCUGCGUCGGCGUCGUGCCCGACGUCGCCGUGCAUCACGCCGCGCUUGGCGAGGGCCAGGGCGGAGUUCAACGCGUUCCCGGAGGCGCAGAGGGCGUAGCUGCCGCCUGCCGGAGCGUUUCGUCUCGGUGGAUGCAUGGAGCGUUUCCCCUGCUUCAAUUUCGUUUCUCUUCCCCUGUGCAGGGGAUUAAAAUGUGUACAGCGAGCGAAUGAACUUGUUAUCUGAACCGGGAACCGAUUAAUCGGAUAAGAUGAUAU